UGAUACCAACAAGAUGUCGGAUACCGAGGAACAGGUGCUUUUGUUUUUCGACACAUUUACACAUGAUAAUACAGAGGAUUUGAACUUGGACCUUGUCCAGUUUCCCAGACCUGUGCUGAUCAAUGAGCUGAGAGUGAUUCCACUGGGAACUAAGAUCAGGGCUGAUGUCCCUGGAGGGCUGAGACUGGGAGCUACAAAUCCAUCAGCAUUCAAACUGGAGCUUUUUGUUAAUAACUUAAGUAAGCCCAAUGCUGCAACAUUUGAGAAGUUGGGAAACAUGGACUACAUCUGCACCCAGGAGAAUGUGUUCCACCCCACAGAGCCGGUCCCCACUGAUGGCCUCAUACUGAAGGGCUGGUACAGUACCGUCAGUCUGGCAGUGUUUGGCUCUCUGACCAGUGUAAGGAGAGACGGAUCACCUCCUCCUCCACCGCCUCCUCCUCAACAGACUGUACAUAGACCUAAAGCUGUGGCUGUGGAGAGUCAGCUACCAUCCCAUGAAUUCCAACCACAGAUGGUCCUAGAACAUGCCCCAGCACCACAUGACUGGGAUCCGCGGCGAGGUCCGCCCCCUGGGACAGUGGCACCCCCUCAGCUUCAGAUGGUCCCACCGCCCCAUGGGGGGCAUGAGUACCCCCCACCCCACCAGGUUGGGCCACCCCCUAUGCAGCAGCAGCAGCACCCCCCUCAACACCCACAUGCUGCACCCCCUGAGGGGUUCAGAGACAUAGAUGAGAGGAUGCACCACGGGCCACCCCCUCAGAGUGCCAUGCCCCCAGGGGGAGGACCCCUACCAAUGGGGGGCCCACCCCAUGGGAUACCACCCCAACACGGAGUACCACCACCUGGAGUACCUCCACCCCACAUGGGACCCCCGCCUCAAAGCAUGGCACCGCCUCAUUCUGGCCCCCCACCGGGACACAUACCCCCCAUGCAGCCCCCUAUGGAUAUGCCCCCCAUGGAGCACCUGGGUCCCCCAGCCAUGCAGCAUGAACUGGGGCGUGAGCCUGGGGAGAUAUUUGAAGACAGGAGAGAAUAUCGUAGCAGGGAGGACAGUGGGUCUGGUGGGGAGAGAGACUUCAACCGGGACCAGCGGGACAGGGAUUACCGGGACCAGGCCCCGGGACCAGGAGUUCGGGACAGAGACUAUAGAGACCGGGAUUAUAGGGAUAUGGAUAGAGGUAGAGGAGAUAACAGAGGAGAGAGAGGAGGUGACAGGUAUAGAGGGGACAGGGAGUUUGACCGACAGCGACCCAAGUCCCCACUAGGUAGGAGGAGGUCAAGGUCAAGAUCCCCAAGGUCAAGGACCCCCAGCAGCAGGGAGUCCAGCAAGACCAGAGACUUACCACCCAGGCACGAAGAUGAGACGGAGCCAGGUGAAAUAGCCGAGGAGCAAGUAGAGGAAAACUUUGAGCUGCAGGAACGCUCCCCUACAGGGCCCCUCUCCUAUCAGAACCUCUCUGAUGAGGGGGAGAUCCAGGAAGAGGGAGAUUAUGAGCCCAUCUUGUCUGGGGAGGAGUUUGAUGAUGAUGAGAACUCCAUCUCUGAGUUAUUUGGAACAUUUGAGAUGACCAAUGACGACUGGAGCUACCAAAUUCCCACCUUUAAUCCCUAUCAGUGUGAGAUUACCCGGCUCAUGACUCUACCAGAUCCGUCCCAGACCCCUUAUCAACAGCAGAAACUGUGGCUGUGCCAGCACCCUGAGGCGGAGCUGCCAGAAGAGGCUACCAGACUGUUGGACAUUGUUCAGACCUACAGGACGGAGGAACAUGCUGACAAAUGGGUUGAAGCCAUGGAGGAAGUGCCAGGACUACUUGCUAAAGGUUUAGCUUACCUUGUGUGGAAGGCAGAGAAUAAAGAUGUAGUGGACACACUGGUAGAGUGGACAAUGGAGGGACUGAACCUUGAGCUGGCCAUCAAGCAACCUGUGACAGCAUUCAAGAUAAGGCAUCUGAAGAUGGGGAUCAAACUCACUGCAGCUUUGUGUUCAACAGAUGCUGACAUAGCCCUCAAAUUACUGAACCAAGGUGUACAAGCUAAACUCCUGGACUUAUACAGCUCUCAGUACAUGUCCAUGUCUGUCAAAAUUCUGAUUAUCAAAGCUCUGGAUGACACCACACGGCUGAAAGAAGGCAUGGAUUGGUUCCUAGGUGGCAGUGUCAGUCAAGAGAAGCCGGUGGUGAAGAUGGAGAGUGGGGAGAUGCCUGAGAAGGGGUGUUACCAGAGAGUGCUGGAAAUGAUGCUGGUAAAACAGAACAUUCGCACAGUGGUGGCAUGGACAUCUUUGGUACGGAAGGCUCACAUCCAUGAGAUAGCUUCCAGGCUACGGUCCACUGUUCUCAGUCUGGUUGAAAAGACAGAGUCAGAUGAUUCGGAGAUGAAAGUAUCUCUGUCCUCUGAGGAGGAGACUGAGGAACCAAGAUGUCUGCUCCAGGAGGAAGAUGAGGAGAGUGUGGUGGCAAGUUUGGAAGAAAUUCUUAAAUUCUUCGUUAAUGCUUGUGAAAUAGCCGAGGAGCAAGUAGAGGAAAACUUUGAGCUGCAGGAACGCUCCCCUACAGGGCCCCUCUCCUAUCAGAACCUCUCUGAUGAGGGGGAGAUCCAGGAAGAGGGAGACUAUGAGCCCAUCUUGUCUGGGGAGGAGUUUGAUGAUGAUGAGAACUCCAUCUCUGAGUUAUUUGGAACAUUUGAGAUGACCAAUGACGACUGGAGCUACCAAAUUCCCACCUUUAAUCCCUAUCAGUGUGAGAUUACCCGGCUCAUGACUCUACCAGAUCCGUCCCAGACCCCUUAUCAACAGCAGAAACUGUGGCUGUGCCAGCACCCUGAGGCGGAGCUGCCAGAAGAGGCUUCCAGACUGUUGGACAUUGUCCAGACCUACAGGACAGAGGAACAUGCUGACAAAUGGGUUGAAGCUAUGGAGGAAGUGCCAGGGCUGCUUGCUAAAGGUUUAGCUUACCUUGUGUGGAAGGCAGAGAAUAAAGAUGUAGUGGACACGCUGGUUGAGUGGACAAUGGAGGGACUGAACCUUGAGCUGGCCAUCAAACAACCUGUGACAGCAUUCAAGAUCAGGCAUCUGAAGAUGGGGAUCAAACUCACUGCAGCUUUGUGUUCAACAGAUGCUGACAUAGCCCUCAAAUUACUGAGCCAAGGUGUGCAGUCUAAACUCCUGGACUUAUACAGCUCUCAGUACAUGUCCAUGUCUGUCAAAAUCCUGAUCAUCAAAGCUCUGGAUGACACCACACGGCUGAAAGAAGGCAUGGAUUGGUUCCUAGGUGGCAGUGUCAGACAAGAGAAGCCGGUGGUGAAGAUGGAGAGUGGGGAAAUGCCUGAGAAGGGGUGUUACCAGAGAGUGCUGGAAAUGAUACUGGUAAAACAGAACAUUCGCACAGUGGUGGCAUGGACAUCUUUGGUACGGAAGGCUCACAUCCAUGAGAUAGCCUCCAGGCUACGGUCCACUGUUCUCAGUCUGGUUGAAAAGACAGAGUCAGAUGAUUCAGAGAUGAAAGUAUCUCUGUCCUCUGAGGAGGAGACUGAGGAACCAAGAUGUCUGCUCCAGGAGGAAGAUGAGGAGAGUGUGGUGGCAUGUUUGGAAGAAAUUCUGAAAUUCUUCGUUAAUGCUUGCGACUUAAUGGCUCAGCCACGGAGGACUCUUCCUGCCAAAGUGAAGUUUGAGGUGAAGCAGAAACCAUACGAUCCUUACCCACAUCUCUGUCAGAUACUGAACUCAUGUGACCUACUGGGAAACCUGUUCUUCCUGUUGUCCUGUUCUGCCACAGCAAACAGUGCUGCCAUCUUUUGUGCUGUCAGAGAACUGCUGUGUGAACUCAUGCGCACUCAGACUGGGAUGCUGUUCCUGUCUUCACAGCCGGACGCUGUCAAUGGAAUCACACGUGUCCUGACACAGUCUUCAGAUGACAGCAAAGAGGAGGUUGCCGAGGACAACCCACUCCAGCAGCUUGGUUUUCAGAUGAUAUACUACCUACAGAUGCUACAGUUCAUAGACCAGCUCAGAGCCUUCCAUGAAAAAGACAUCAACAAGGAGAUUGACAACGUGGAGGCCCUGGCGACCCUUCACAGCAUAUACUCCAUGACCUUUAACACAAUUGGCCGCGAGGCAGUGGUUCAUGUUCUCAGCCAGGAUGACAAUCUGGCUGCUUUGAUACCUUUCAUGGAACUCACUGGGGAUGAGGCAAAAGACAUUAAGAUCAAGAAGUCAGUGUGUGCCAGUUACACCACCGAGCUGCUACUGUUUGUGGUCAGGUUCUCCCACAGUGUGGAGAUGCUGGAGAGGUUUGCACCUAAGCUGCUGGAGAUUGGAGAGAAUGGUGUAUAUUGGAUGCACUCUUGGAAAGCAUGGACAAUUCUAUUGAGAAGAGCACACAGCCUGCAAAGGAAGGAGAAAAGAAAGAGGAAGAAAAAGAAGAAAAAGCAAAUACUGAACAGAGGAGUUCCGGAGAAACCGCCAGGAUAUUGAACUUAACUGCAUACCUCGUGGCACAUCCACCAAUCAAAUCCCCUGUACUACAGCUGAUGAGGGGAGAAACCAAGGCGGAGGAGAAAUACAAGGACUUAUUUCCUAGAUUGCUUAACUUGCUGAAUGUGGUGUCAGAGAAACAGUCCCAUAUCAAUGCACAGGAGUGUAUUGUGUCUGUGCUGCAGUCCCUGUGUGAUCCCGCUGUCACCAUGAUCACUGCAGAGAGCAGUCUGACCCUGCAGGAGCAGAUCGCCAGCAGUCUGCCUAUCAAAGAGCAGCUGAUGCAGCAGUGCACCGCCAUCUUGGAGCACAUAGGAAACCAAGAUCACAGCUACGCCUCCAUCCUGCCGUCGCUGAGAACUCUGGUCAUGCUAACGGAACAUGAUUAUGGAUUUUAUCAUGUGAAAAGUGCAAUGGACAGCAACAGCAUGGCCCUGUUCAGUCUCUUCCUACGUAUUAACAACACCUUCAGCAAGGACAGCUCAGACUGUAUGUCCACCCUGUCCACUGCUGUAGAACUCCUCCAGCUCCUGUUGGCCUCUGACCAGCCACCCCCUGGGGACGAGGGCCUGGGGGAGGCAGAGGAACCCCCAGGGGAGUACAGGAAGAUGUCCAUAAGUAUUGGAGAGCUGAAGAAAUAUCUGAACUGGACGCCGGAGGUCCAGCCACACCCUCUGGAUGACCUGGAAAAACUCCUAGCUGAGUAUGUGAAGGAAGAAGAAAGUUUAGAUGGUCUCUUGGAUGGCAUAUCUGGUCUGGUGCUGACUCUGAAGACUGAAGAAGGUGGACAGCCACAGGAUUUUGCAGAACCAGUAUUGCCAGCUCCUAAGACAUUAAAAGAACAGUUUGACCUGCGGUUGACCUGUCAACUAGGAGACGUGGAUGAAGACAAACUGACCUUAAUCUACUGGCUGUCCAACCUGGCAGUGGACGACUCGGACCAAGAACUGGACAUGGUUGAAGAAGAUCUUGAAGAGAUAUCCCAGAAGUAUUGUCCAGAUUUUGAUGUUAAAAAUGAGCUGCGGAAAGGCAAACUGCCAUCUGAAAUGGACAAAACAAAGUUGAAAAGGAGACCUAAUAAAAGAAGAGGCAUAGAUACUAUUAAUACCAGCAGCCUGAGAGGAAGACAGUUUGUGGCCCCCAUGAGAGGGAGAGGGUUUGGACGAGGAAUGAUGUCCAACAGGCACGACCCCUUCAGGUCAAGGCCACCCAACACGAGCCGACCUCCUUCCAUGCAUGUAGACGACUUUGUAAAGCUUUCAAGUCAUGGGCAAGGCAACAUGGAUACCAAACGCCAGGACAAGAGUAUCCACAACAUUCCCAGUAUCUCCAGUAGACCUAACUACAAUGAUAUGAAUAGAGGCCGAGGAAGAGGUGGAUUUGAUCGCGGGCGGGGUGGGUUUGGAGGUGGCCGGGGUAGAUUCUUCAACCAGGGCGGCUAUAGGAGAGAGAUGAGCUCGCGAGGUGCAAUGAACCAAAGAGGUGGAGGCAUGUCAUCGAGAGGAGGUGGUAUGGGCCCCAGAGACAGCCCCGGGGAGGGACGCAGGGAGGAGGGCAGGGGAUUCAACCCCAGAGGAAGAGGAGGAGGAGGGGGAGGGGGCUCACAGUGGGGGAGACCACGUUUUGGUAGUCCAACCAGAGGGGUCAGCACCAGAGGCGGUGGCAGGCCAGGUCAAUCCAAUGACCGUUAUCAGGACCGUGGUCCGCGUCCAUUCCUCACCCCUCCAGGGCGAGGUGGACGCGGAGGUGCCAGAGGAGGCAGUCAGUGGCAGGGAGGACCUCGGAGAGAGAACACAGGGUGA